GAGUCGAAAAGGUGUCUCAGCAGCUACUGCUGCUGUAACCCAGUACUAUACUCAUCAGCUACCUAUCACUGCAUCUCUUCUAUCUGUCAAAAACAUUGCUUCAAAAUUUUGUUCCUAUGAUAAAAAUAGUGCUUCUACUCGCUAUAUGAUUCAGUGGCUUCGUUCAGACGACGCUCGCUCAAGCAACUCCGAAGCAAAAAUAACAACGAUGGUGCACAACGAUAACAGUGAACCGAGCAUUUCAAUUGAAUACACAGAUGGCACAAGGCUGAACUUGUUAGGAAAGCAUCUGAGAUUCGAAGAAAUGCAAUCUUUUUUCAUUCAGAACACUGAGCCUAAAAACGAAGCUGUCAAACGAGCGCAGGAGGAGGAGUUAAUGAAAUCAUCUGGAAAACUGAAAAAGUUUGCACGCUAAUAACUUAGUUUUUUAUAAGCGUUUGUUGACAUGAUGCUCAAUCAAAAGUUCGUUUUGGUAAGUUAUUUUGAAAGGCGGGAUAUGGUUUUUAUUUGAAGCUAGUUGCUUGCGCUGAAAAUCUCGUAGCAAUGAAUUGUCGCAAAUCUUAAGAAAGCGACAACCAUGAAGGUAGAAAAAAAAGUUUCAGAUAUUUAUGACAUCUGAUCUUACUACAAGUGAAUGCGAAUCUGAGAUGUUGGGGCAUUUCAAGAAGUGUGUUCCAAAGCUGACACAAACACUUCACAAAGGUCAAUGUGGAAGAAUCGGAGUGAUUGGUGGCUCUCAUGAUUAUUCAGGAGCUCCCUACUAUGUAGCCAUGACAGCAUUGAGACUGGGAGCUGAUUUAUCUCAUAUAUUUUGUACCAAGGAAAUAGCGCCGUCGAUUAGGUCUUACAGUCCAGAUAUUAUAGUUCACAGUACUUUGGAUUCAGGUAGAGUAGAGGAUACAACUCAGUGGUUCAACAGGUUGCAUGCAAUAGUCGUUGGACCUGGACUAGGUAGAGAUCCGUCUAUUUUUACUGCUGCUCUCAAGGUAGUCGAAUCUGCGAAGCAACAAAACAAGCUUUUAAUUUUUGAUGCUGAUAGUAUCCAUUUGCUUGCUCAAAAUCCUUCGCUGUUUACAAAUUAUCCACGUGUUGUUUUAACGCCGAAUAAAAUGGAGUUUAAAGUACUGCUCAAAGCUGCAGGAAUAGACGAAAAUGAGAACUCGUGUGAUAGUUUGAAGACUGUUUCUGAGUUCUUCGGAGGGUGUUCGAUUCUCCUCAAAGGAUCCGAAGAUCUAAUUUACAGUAAAGGUGAAAUUAAAACUAGUGAUUUUGAAGCCGGGCUUUCGAGGUGUGGCGGACAAGGUGAUUUGUUAUCAGCAGCUGUUUCGCUUUUCGUUCACUGGGCCGACAGUUACAGUCAGUCGAAUCCUUCGCCUAAGUUCGAUCCAUUUAUGAUAGGUGCUUAUGCAGCCUCAGCUUUGGUGAGAGCUACAAGUCAUAAGACGUUUGAGCAAUUCGGACGGUCAAUGGUGGCGUCAGAUAUGCUCCAUAAUGUACCAAAAGUGUUUGCAAAGAUGUAUGAAAUUUGAUUAUUGAGCCAUCAAUCGGUUAACUGGUGCUAAAAUGUUUUUGUUUUCGAGGCUAAAUAAUGUCGAAAUAAACGAAGCGAUUGUUUAG